CGUGUUUUGUUUGGCCUCUCCCGCCGUCGGCGCGCGCACGUUGACGCACGUACACGCGCACGCUCCCGGCGUCCACGGAGUUUGCUUCCUGUGGAGUGGCGGAAGAUCGUCUGGACACAGAGAAGCCAUCAAGUGGACGUUUGGACGCCAUGGGGAUCAAAUUCUUGGAAGUGAUAAAGCCGUUCUGUGCAGUUUUGCCAGAAAUUCAAAAACCUGAACGAAAGAUCCAGUUUAGGGAGAAGGUGCUAUGGACUGCCAUCACUCUCUUCAUCUUCUUGGUUUGCUGCCAAAUCCCUCUCUUUGGGAUCAUGUCAUCAGACUCUGCGGAUCCAUUCUACUGGAUGAGAGUGAUUCUAGCCUCGAAUCGCGGGACGUUGAUGGAGCUGGGCAUCUCUCCUAUUGUUACCUCUGGCCUAAUCAUGCAACUGCUUGCUGGAGCUAAAAUCAUUGAAGUUGGAGACACGCCCAAAGACCGAGCCCUCUUCAAUGGAGCGCAGAAAUUGUUUGGAAUGAUCAUCACCAUUGGCCAGGCUAUCGUUUACGUGAUGACCGGCAUGUAUGGUGACCCCUCAGAGAUGGGAGCUGGAAUCUGUCUUCUCAUUAUCAUUCAGCUGUUUGUGGCUGGCCUCAUUGUGCUGCUGCUGGAUGAGUUGCUCCAAAAAGGUUACGGUCUUGGCUCGGGGAUCUCGCUGUUCAUCGCAACUAAUAUCUGCGAGACAAUCGUCUGGAAGGCUUUCAGCCCAACCACUGUGAACACAGGCCGAGGCACUGAGUUCGAGGGAGCAAUCAUCGCUCUUUUUCAUCUGCUGGCAACCAGGACUGACAAAGUGCGCGCUCUGAGAGAGGCUUUCUACAGACAGAACCUCCCCAACCUCAUGAACCUCAUCGCAACAGUUUUUGUUUUUGCCGUUGUUAUAUAUUUUCAAGGAUUCAGAGUGGAUCUGCCAAUCAAGUCCGCUCGCUACCGUGGCCAAUACAACACCUAUCCCAUCAAGCUCUUCUACACUUCCAACAUUCCCAUUAUUCUGCAGUCUGCGCUUGUUUCCAAUUUGUACGUCAUAUCUCAGAUGCUUUCCACGCGCUUUAGUGGGAAUUUCUUGGUCAAUCUGCUCGGAACGUGGUCUGACGCGUCAAGUGGUGGUCCAGCUCGAGCUUAUCCUGUAGGUGGUCUUUGUUACUACCUCUCGCCACCUGAGUCGUUUGGAUCAGUUCUCGACGACCCGGUCCACGCGCUUAUCUAUAUUACCUUCAUGCUCGGCUCAUGCGCCUUUUUCUCCAAAACCUGGAUCGAAGUCUCUGGCUCCUCUGCAAAAGAUGUGGCAAAACAGUUGAAAGAGCAGCAGAUGGUGAUGAGGGGACAUAGAGAGACUUCUAUGGUCCAUGAACUAAACAGGUAUAUACCUACGGCAGCUGCUUUCGGCGGGCUGUGUAUUGGUGGUUUAUCGGUGAUGGCCGACUUCCUCGGAGCGAUCGGCUCAGGGACGGGCAUCCUGCUGGCCGUCACCAUCAUCUAUCAGUACUUUGAGAUUUUUGUCAAAGAGCAGAGUGAAGUAGGCAGCCUUGGGGGAUUCUUCUUCUAGGAAUUCCCACAUUUUAGUAACCUUCAUUAGCGCCACCAACUUGUGUAUUUUGACAUCUUUUGUGAAGCACUCUUGUCAUCAGCUUUCCGUGUUUAGGAUGUUUUUGGCAUCCAGCAUUCCCACAUCAAAUAAGGUGUCGUGCAACAACAGAACUUUUCCUACCUCCGCUCAUCUACCAACACAAAAGACUUGACGGUUUGCAUUUUUUCACUCAAUGUUGAAGCUCCACAUUAAUCACUCAAAGCCCGCCUUUAUGGAGGGGUAUUCGGUCUAUUUCCUCCCAGCCGACAUGCUAGAGCUUCAGUAUGCGGGCGUACUUGGCUGGGACGGAGGUUGGUCCACUGACUCCUGUGUGCGUGAAAGCACACAAGCUUAUACAUUCUUGUUCCACUUUGCUUUUUACCCUAAUAUUAAUCUUUUACUCUUAAUGAAGGUCCCGACUAGACAUGAUGGAUUCCAGUACUGUCCUUUCCCAAUCAGUGCUCCUGUGGAUGUUUUUAGUAGAACUUGUAAGUGAAGAACCAAUGGAUGUGACUCUUAUAUUUGUGUCUGACAGAAUAUUCAACUGCUUUUCUGACGACAGCCAAUGAGUCAUUCAAAAAAAAAAAAAAAUGUCCGUGCCACUCUUUAAAAAAUGGCAAUUCCUGGAAGUUGCAGUUGCAGUAUUAACUCUGGUCAUGUUACUAAUCAUGUCUUUCAUUUUAGUUCGAUUUUUUUACUGUUUGCUUUUUUCCCCUCACCCUCGACAGAUAAUUUAUUUUGUGUACAUAGGUCAUGUGUCGGAAUUUGUUUUAAGUGUGAGAUAGUCUUUUUGAAAUAUGUGAAAGAUGAAUGCAUUUAUAGAAAACGUGAGCAAUAAAAAACUGUUUUGGU